AUGCUGCCUCCCCCUCCAUCAGGGCACUUUGUGCCUGAACCAACUCAAUUAAUGGAUGGUAACUAUGGCCAUCUACCCGCCACUGUGCAACCUUCCACCCCACCACCUAUCCCCAAUGAGGAUGAGGAUAUGAAGAGUGAUGGUGAGGCGACUACAGGGUCAGUUGACGAGGCUGCUCCUCUUCCUGAACGUUGUUUCCCUGCUGCGAUUUGGUCUGAAACCGAGGCCGCUGUUGCUGGUCCUUCGGACCUUUCUAGUGCUGCUGUAUCGGCUGCUGCUGACCCUUCCUCCAAGAAGGUUUAA